UCGUGUUUUGAUGACGCCAUCACUGGGACUUUCCGGAUACGUCACUCGGGGCUUCCGAGUUCCCCAGCUAGCCCUGCCUCUGUGUUCAUGUCGUUCAGACGCUGUAAACGUCGCCUCGCCGCCCCGGAGUACACACCAAAACACACCAUGGAAACACCAAAAGGCUCCUCACGGCACCGACAGGUUUGAAUUCUGAGACGUGGUGUCAGGAGCGACGGUUCGGACCGAGAGGCGGGAUGUCAACAACGCGGCCCCUCCUCGGGAUGAGGCGAGGCACCGAGCUCACGUGUCCGGAGCAGCCGAGCAGCAGCCUCCCUGCGCCGGCCGGCAGGCAGCCGCUGGAAGCCCCCACGGUGGACGAGUUCACGGUGCUGGAGGAGAAAGAGGACGAGCUGAAGUGUGCCAAGCCUCGAGUGGAGCAGGUUUUUAAAGUGACGUUCACCAUCAUCGGGCUGCUGGACCACACGGGACAGCCGCACGGCAGCAAAACAUCCCGGCAGAUCUGGCUGCAGCUGCGGGGACACAGAGACGACGUGUCCAAGGCGAAGGAAUAUGUUCGAGGACUCUGUGACCCAGAGCUGCAGAAAGAAGAGCGGUACCCAGUGGACAUGCACUGUAUUUUUGCUGGGGCCCGGGGCCUCUUCUUGGACCGGCUCAUACGAGACACCAGUGCUGAAGUUGUGGUGCCUGAGCCGGGCCGCCUACGCUUGUUGGGCCGGGCCGAACCCGUAGUGAUGGCCCAAAGCAGAGUUCAGCAAUUUGUAGCACUAUUCCAGGAAAAGCGAAGUCUACCCAGUGACAGAGAGCCCGCAGUGAAACGAGCAUUCAAGUCCUUUGUGGAGGAAAGGGAUGAUAAGUACACUAUGGAGCUGCUGCUGCUGCCCAGUGCCCUAAAGGAAGAGUUACUGGGACUGGCCCAUAGCCCCACCACCACAAACACAUCCUCCCUGGCUCAGCUGCACCCCAGCAUGGCGGAGGUGGAGCAGGACCGCUCCCAGAGCAGCACCCCUGUGACGGAGCUCUCCAACCGCAUCCUGGGCACCAGCUUCGAGGAGAAAGGAGCCGUAGCGGCGUCCGCCGUCGGCGUUAAAUCGGGCGGAUCGAUAGGCUCGGGGCCCGAGGCCGUCCUGCUCAACGGCACUCGGCCCUCGCACAAGCGGCGCUCGUCUGAGAGCGAGACUCGCGACACUAAGAGACAAUACUCUCUGGAGCGGAGAGACGAGUCUCCGGAGAGAGCGAGAGAGAGGGAGCGGCAGAGGGACAGAGAGGGCCGGGUGGCCACUAGCAGCUGUAGAUCCAAAACCCCCUCGGCCUCGUCGUCCCUCUCCUCCUCCUCCUCCUCGGGGAAAGCUAACACGGUGGUCGGUGCAAUCAUGUUGGACUCCAGCGAAGUCUCAGACGACGGGGAGGCGGUCAGCCCCGAAACCAACCUCCGCUGCUUGGUCAAUUUCUUCAGGACCAUGGGUUACCAGCAGGAAGUGGUGGAGCGCGUCGUCAAGGAGACGGGACAGACGGAGGACACCUUCCUCAUCCUGGAAAAGAUCGUAGAGGAAACCAAACGUUGUGACGAAGGGUCGAAAGGGGGGGAGAAAGAAAGAGGAUUGAACUCUGUGCGGCCCCUCGACACUCCCUCGUCUUCCUCCUCCUCUACGGUCGCUCGAUACCGAGAGAAGGAGCGCGAGCUGAGCAGAGUGCUGGUGGACUCGGGACGGUCCAAAGAGAACAUUAAGCCCAACCAGCAUGGAGGCAGCAGCAGCAACGGGCUGGGCCACCGGAGACAGUGCAGCAGCAGCGAGGCCAGCACUCAGCAGGCCAUCACCAUCAAGAGGAGCUCUAGCGCUCAAGGAGGAGCAGGAAGCUACGAGGUUAUCACCAUCGACGAUGACGAUGACGUCGUCCUCACAAAUACCAAAACGGCGGAAAGCAGGACGUCCCGGAUGAUGACGGUGCCUCACCUGGACACCCAGUCAGGAUCCAGGACGGACUUCUUGGCGCGAGGCGGGUCCGGCCUCUCACAAAGGGACUACCUGUCGCGGGGCGGGACUCAGACUUUGGGAGGAUCGGUGAAAGUUGAAACUGUGACGGCGCUCCGCAGCACGCCUCACUGGCUGACCGCCACCACCAGCUCCUUAGCCUCCACCCCCAGUUCAGCCCAGCCCAUCCCCCGGCCCUCGGCCUCUCCCUAUCAGACCAUCGGCCACAUGGGGUUCCACGGGGUCGGAGCCAGGACUCCUCCUUCCAACGACCCCCCGGUGCCCCCGGUCACUGGUUUCACCCGUUUCCACCAGUCACUGAGGACUCCCUACACUCUGAAGCUGCCAAAUGAGCCAGGACGCCCGGAGCUCAGACACAUCAUCAUAGACGGCAGCAAUGUAGCCAUGGCUCACGGUCUUCAUCGGUUCUUCUCCUGUCGAGGGAUAGCGCUGGCUGUGGAGACCUUCUGGAGGCGGGGACACAGGGAGAUAACGGUAUUUGUCCCCCAGUGGCGUCAGAAGAGGGACCGAUUCACAACAGAGCAACAUUUUCUAAACCAGCUAGAAGACCUGAGACUGCUGUCCUUCACUCCCUCCAGAGAGGUGUGUGGCCAGAGGAUAUGCUCACACGAUGACAGGUUCCUGCUCCACCUAGCAGAGAAAACAGACGGGAUCAUCGUAACCAAUGACAACCUGAGGGACUUUGUCCAAACCUCGGAGACCUGGCGCAAGAUCAUUCAAGAGAGGUUGCUUCAGUUUACUUUUGUGGAGGACCACUUUAUGAUCCCGGAUGACCCUCUGGGGAAGAACGGACCUGAUCUAGACAUCUUCCUGCGGAAAGACAGCAGGAGGACUCCAGCGACCCCUCCCCUCCUCAGACCACCAGAGUUCCGGGCGUCGUCCCAGCAACAGCAGCCGGUCUACGUCCAGGCGCUCCACCCUGCUCCUCGGCCCCCCGCCUCCACCACCCCCCGGCCCCCGCCCUCCCUGCUGCCCCCCCACCCCACCGUGCACUGGCCCCACUCCGGUCCUCCUGAAUGGCACCCGCCUCGCCGUUCCCCCUCCCCCUCGCCCUCCCCCCCUCCCCAGCGGUCGCCGGGGGAGACGUCGGAGCUGAAGAGAAAGCUGUACGACAUCUUCCCCGACCAGAAGCAGCGAAUCGACCGCAUCCUCAGCGACAACCCGUACAUGAGAGACCUGAACGCCCUGUCGGGGCUGCUGCUGGGAUGAAUCAUAACUAAUGAGCCCACUAAUGAGAAUCAGCAGACACACACCGGACAUAUGCGCACAUAUGCAAGAAUACACUACCGGUCAAAAGUUUUAGAACACACCCAACUUUUCCAGAAUUUAAUUGAAAAUUAUGCAGUUUAAUGUCUCAGUGUACUCUGAAAUUAAUGCACAUUUGCAACAUUUAAAAUUCUUUAUUGAGCAUGAUAGUGUUUUGAAAGUAAAAAAAAGAUUCAAAAUCACAUUUUAUGUUGGAUUAAAGGACUAAAAAAAGACACAAAAUGACCCAAAAAAGACACAAAAUGACAAAAAAGACGCCAAAAGACACAAAAUGACUUAAAAAAGACACAAAAUGACAAAAAAAAGGACACAAAAUGACAAAAAAGACGACAAAAGACACAAAAUGACUUAAAAAAGACACAAAAUGACCCAAAAAAAGGACACAAAAUGACAAAAAAGACGCCAAAAGACACAAAAUGACUUAAAAAUGACACAAAAUGACCCAAAAAAAGGACACAUAAUGACAAAAAAGACGCCAAAAGACACAAAAUGACUUAAAAAAGACACAAAAUGACCCAAAAAAAGGACACAAAAUGACAAAAAAGACGCCAAAAGACACAAAAUGACUUACAUAGACAUGAAAAGAAUUCAAAA